AUGCGCGUUUCUACUGUAGCCGUGGCUCUUUGCGCCAGUGCCGCGAUGGCCGCUCCCACGGAGACUCCCGACCUACACAAUAUUGUCCAGGCCUUCAAUGCCUCCAAGAUCGUGCAGGAAGUUGGACCAGUACUCGAGUCCCUCCUGGUCACGGGUGAUUGUGACAUUCCCGCCUGCUUCCAGCAACUCAUUCCGGCUGUGCAGAGUUGUAGUGCUGCCAUCGUUGGUGGGGGUUCGGACAUUGCCUCUGACCUUCAAUGUGUGAGCCGCGCCGUUGCAGAAUUAGUUCCCAGUCAGUCCAACAACUGUGCUGUCUGUGUUGGCGAUGCGGUCUCUACCGUUCAAUCCCUGUUGGAGAAUGGGUCCCAGUCCCAUUGA